AUGGCCCUGGCUGCAGCUUUCGACUUGGACACGCUCCAACUGGAUGCAGUCAACGCGUUUUUGAACAGCAUACUCACUGACGAGGUUUAUGUGGAGUUGCCACCAGGCAUGUUCCCCAAGACCGCGAACGUGCGCUGUUGGAGACUUCACAUAAACCUCGUCAGUGAGUAUGCUGUUCAAAAACGCGUUGACUGCAUCCAGUUGGAGCGUGUCCAAGUCGAAAGCUGCAGCCAGGGCCAUGAUCAUGCGUGCGGUUCUUACAGCCAAUGUGGCGGCAUACUUCUCCUCUGUGGAGACAACUUGUAA